AUGGAGUACCAGUACUCCCGACUCAGCACGAAUGAAUUUCGUCUCCUCACCCUCCACCCUCGAUUCUCUGUUCCACAAGAUGCCUCACGAGAAGAACAGCCUGUCUCCUGCACUUUGAGAUCUUAUCGUCGAGAUCAGAGCCCUCCUUACAAAGCUCUAUCAUACACUUGGGGUGAUGCUUCCGUCAAAGUUCCCAUCUUAGUAAAUGACAGUACGCUACACGUUACAUCAAACCUAUUCACAGCUCUGGAACAUAUUCGUGCAGAAGAUUCACCAGUCACAUUAUGGAUCGAUGCGAUCUGUAUCAAUCAAGAAGACGACGAGGAAAAGUCCUCACAAGUGAAGAUGAUGAGGGAGAUCUAUAAUACCGCUGAGCACACAAGAUCAUGGUUGGGUCCAGCUGGCGAUGGAUCCGACGGCGCCAUGGCGGAGCUCAAUCGCAUCGGUUCCUUACUCAUUGAGAAAGAGCUCAUUGAACCAAUGAAGGAGUUCUUCAGGCUCGAUCCAGCCGAAGUGGAGCGAUAUAUGGUGUUGGAAAGCAAGAUCAAAGAUGGAGUGGCUCCAUUGGUCAUUCAGGCGGUCGAGAACACGUCCCAGACACUGACCUUCGUUCAAAAUGCUUGUAGCAUUCUUUCGCGAGACUAUUGGAAGCGUGUGUGGAUCCUACAGGAACUUAUCGUUUCGCCUCACGUCGUUUUUCAGUGUGGGAAGUCUACCAGCGACUUCCCGACAAUAUAUGCGAGCUUGUGCUACCUGCAUCUACUCGGCACUCAGAUCAUCACACGCGAGCUGGGAAGAAUAGGAGGGAUAGAGAACCUUGACGAGGAAUCGACAGCCACCUUCAACUUUGCCAUUUCUCUGAGCACACAAACUGAUCGUAUUUCGAAUUCCACCAAACUCUUUGGUGCCAGACUGAGGUACCAAGGUGACGCCGCUAAGGAUUUGGAAGUGUCUCAAUAUUCGAAGUUAGGUAGCAGCAUGUUUGAAUUGUUAGCUAGAAUUCAUGUCUCAGGUGCCAACAAAACCUUUUGUGGAGCCACAAACCCCAGGGAUAGAAUCUUUGCUCUCCUCGGCAUAGCAAACGACAGGGCUCGACUUGGUAUCCAGCCAGAUUAUACCCAGUCUAGGACAUGCUCUGAUAUCUACACAGAGGUAGCUCGUGCUAUCAUCCAGUCCGGCCACGUCGAUCUCCUAUCCCUUUCUCAACCUCAAGGUAGAGAUGAGGACAUGCCUUCAUGGGCUCCUGACUGGCGUGCAGAAUGGAUUCUAACACCUUCUGGACAGCUGCCAUGGGACUCGGCAUUCAAAGCAUUCUCCUUAGCAACAGAAUCAAUUGAUCUCAGUACUCUCACCGUGAGCGAAGAGAUCUCACCCAAUCAGCUGCGACUCCGGGGGUAUGCAAUUGAUGUCCUUGAAGAAGUGGGCAAAACAUGGACUCCACCCUACCUUGAAGGCUAUUCCGGAGAAUCAAGCCUUCCUCUAAUUUCCGCUUACCUGACCGACAUCACCAACUUCUGCACCAAAUCCGAAGAGAAGAUUGCCAAAUGUCAGAAAUCCAUCUACGUCAAUGACUCCGACCGCGUAUUAGCCCGUAAGCGCGUCCCUGUUGCGGAUCAGGAGGAAUACGGCACUGGCUUCAUCAGAAGAGCAGGCCUGGAUGCUGAUACUGGGUACGAUCAUGUCACCCAGCACUGCGAUAUCGUCAUGCGAGGUAAUUCUGCUGAGAUUACGCCAGAGCAAGCGCAGCAUUUCACUCAUCCUCUCAGAGCUUCUUACAGCAAUAUGAUGAACUGGCAGCGUGAUCGACGACCUUACCUCUCCGAAAAGGGGUAUGUAGGACUGGCACCACUUCAUGCACUAGCGGGCGAUGUGAUUGUUCUCUUUGAGAAAGCGAAGUUUCCUUAUGUCUUGAGAGAUAAUGGUAAUGGUACCUAUAUUUUCGUUGGUGAGGCAUAUGUUCAUGGGAUCAUGUAUGGGGAGUACGUCGAGGGCUCGUCCGCUGGUGAUUUGACUACUUUUAUUCUGGUCUAG